GACGUCACUCCGUGCACCGGAAGAGAAACUCGGAAGCGGGGCGGAGGCAGUUUUCUUUUCUUGUUCUUUAAGGGACUGGGAGCGAAGGAAGGAAGAAGGAGCGAGGGCCGGACGCCUCAGGGGCCCCGCCGCCAUGGCCGUGUCUGAGAGUCAGCUGAAGAAAAUGCUGGGCAAGUACAAGUACAGAGACCUGUCUGUUCAAGAAACUAUCAGCGUCAUUGCCCAGUACAAAGAUCUCAAACCUGUAAUGGAUGGCUAUGUUUUUAAUGAUGGGUCAUCAAGAGAGUUGAUGAGCCUCACUGGAACCAUUCCUGUAAGUUACAGAGGCAACACUUAUAACAUCCCAAUAUGUCUGUGGUUGUUGGAUACAUAUCCAUUCAAUCCCCCAAUCUGCUUUGUUAAACCAACUAGUACAAUGACAAUUAAAACUGGGAAACAUGUUGAUGCAAACGGCAAGAUAUAUCUUCCAUAUCUUCAUGAAUGGAAACAUCCACAGUCAGAUUUGAUAGGAUUGAUUCAAGUUAUGAUCGUGGUGUUUGGAGAGGAGCCUCCGGUGUUUUCUCGGCCUACCAUUUCAGCAGCCUAUCCACCUUAUCAGGCAACGGGACCACCAAACUCUUCUUACAUGCCAGGUAUGCCAAGUGGAAUAUCGCCUUUCCCCCCUGGACCUCCUCCUAACCCAAGUGGUUAUCCCAACUAUCCUUAUCCUCCCCCUAGUGGACCAUUUCCAGCAACAACUAGCACUCAGCAUUACCCUUCACAACCUCCUGUAACCACUGUGGCAGAUGGCAGAAGAAAGCAGAAACAUGUAUGGAUUUGUGGUCAUUCUUAUGUUUUCUGGGCAGAAAGUCGGGCACUCGAAAGAAGCUAUGGCCCACAGUUGGGCAUUCGACUGGAGGAUGCCAAAUUACACUGGCUAGGAAAGAGUGGCAUGACUUGGGAUCAGUUAAUACCCACCCUGUUGCAUGCACGACGUCGCCUAACAGAUCCUGAUAUUCUGGUGAUCCAUUUAGGGGGAAAUGACCUGGGAACAGACAGAAAUGUGGAUAUCAUAAACCGAAUGAAGAAAGAUUUAGGACAUCUUAAGCAAAUAUUCAAGAAUAGCAUUCUAGUCUGGUCUAAUAUUGUGCCCCGUAAAGUAUGGAACCAAGAAGUUCAGCAUAGAGUGAUGGAGAAAAGCCGGAGAAUAGUAAACCAAGAAAUUGGCCGUUUUAUUGCGUGUAUUGGAGGAACAGUGAUUCGACAUGAUACACUUGUACCAGAAUCUCCUGGAUUGUUCCAUCUGGAUGGUGUUCUUUUGUCAGAAAGUGGUACAGAUAUCUUCAAUCUGGAUUUAUUGAGUGUCUUGGAGACUUUGGUUUGACUUUUAUUUUGGAGGAAGAAUUUCUGAUUUGGGUGCAAUUUAAGCUGGUAUGGAAGCUCUACAGAUAAAGAUUGUUAAAAAGGUUGUAAACAGUGUGAGAAAAUAUAUGGACAAGUAGGCAAAUUGACCUGGUGUUUAUGUGGUGGACAUUGGUUGAUAAUGCCAGAACCACUUGCACUGGCUAGUAGCCAGUUCAACUACACAUCUACGUUUUGAUUAACUUUUUUUGCAUUAAAUUAAAUCGAUUCUGAUGUCUCCUUAGAAACAGUGCCAAAUAGUUUAAUCCUCUGAUUUUUAUGCCCUAAGAUGCUCAGAGGAAAGCAUAAAGAUAACCUCCCAAAGUAUAAAUAUAAGUUAGUAAAGAUGUUUCAUUUGGGUAGGAGGGGCUAAUCAUCAGGUGUUACCAGUGUGGAUCUUUAAUAGUACAGUUUAAAUUUAAGAAAUUUAACAAAUGUAAUGUAAUUUAAGAAAAUAAAAGAGAUGAUAUGAGUAGUCAAGUCAGCUGAAGCUAUAGCAUUCUUUUAUCACACAUUUUUGAAAAUACACCGCUAGUUAAUUGUUUGCUCAGACAUACUUCAUGAAUGUUUACUAACAUAGCUUAGAGGCAGUGACUCGUAUUUAAUUCAGAUAUAGCAUUCAUGGUGUAAUAAACCAUAGUUUAUUAAGCCAGGAAAAAAGGUUGGAUCCACACAUUCCACCCUUGUCCCUCACUUGAUCUUAAUGGUGUACCACCUUUAUUUCUGGUCAUAGUGGACCAGGGUUGUUGUUGUUGUUCUUGUUAUGCCAGAGCAUUUAACGUCAAUUUCUUGACCAGAAACAAGGGUUGAUCCUGGCUUCAGAUGCUGAUUCAUAAACUGUAGUUAAAUUAUACUUCCCAUUACAAGUAUAAUGAGAAAUGAUAGUUCUAAAAGACAAAGAAGAAAGGAGAUGAGAGAUGAAAUUUUUGAGUCUGCUUGAUUGCAGAAGCUGUGUUAAUGUAGAACAUUAUAUACAUGUGCUUAAGAGAGAGUUACUAUGACUUUUAGUCAGUUUGUCAGUGCAAGACCAGCUUGAUAUUAAUCUUGUCCUAAAAGCUUUAAUAGCCCCAUUGAGAAGUUAUAUAUACAGCACUUUGGUAAAUGUACUUUCCCAUUCAUUUAUAUUAAGAGAAUUGAUCCAUGCUCACAAAGGAGGGUGUAUUUGCUUUCUUCCAUUGUUGUUACAGGUAAGGGUGUUUUUAGAUUUGGAUUAGCAUGCUUGGGUGUGAGACACACUUAAAUGUUUAAUUUUCUCACUAGUAAUACAUAGUCUGCAAAAAUAUCUCCAUGCUUUCUUUAAGAGGGUUGAUGGUAUUUAUAAAGGAUUUUAAAUGCCAGGCAGUGCUGUUGUUACGAUUAUAUUACCCUGGGCUAAAGUCUUGAAAAAGUUAGGUAUACAUCAGAAUUUUUGUAAAGUCUGAUAGGAUUUCAGUUCUAUUAACUGUAUACUUUUUUGCAAUCAACACUAGUAGUUACUAGGAACAAAAUAAAAUACACGGAAAUGUUUGCACAAAACUGUUAAAAUAAUAACAAAAUAGAAUUAAUCAUUCAGUUGUUCUUAAGGGUCAUCUAUUUUUUAAGUCUCAGAAGAAAAGAAGACUUCGUGUUUUGAUUCAGAAUCCCAUAUAUAUUACUUUCAUAUGGUAUUGUGCCUUUGAGUUCUUUCACAAGCAUGAGUGUUUGUGCGUGCGUGCGAAUGAACAAAAGAGUUUUAUCUUGUCUGAAACUAACUCACUACAGAAGAAAGUUAGUUGAUUUUUCACUGCCGUGGCUUUAAUGACCAAACUUCCAUACCUGCUAAGCUUCCUGGAGGUAGACUUUGGAAGCUAUAACUUGACUGUGGAAUGUAGGACUACAAAACUGUAUCUAAGGAUAUUCUAAAUUCUGAAAAUGAACUUCAGUGCAACUUAAGGUGAAGACUCUGAAUAUUCAGUUUUUAUCAACUUCUCGUUGAAUACUCUGAGGUUUUCUAUCAAGAUGAAUAAUACAGCCUUUAGGAAAAACACAGACUGAAUUCUUCAUAUCUAUGGGCUGACCCAGCUUUUUUCAGUGCAUACAUACCGCCACUUAAAAGUGCUUUCAACAGGCUGUGUUUUGUAUAGUUACUAGCAGCAGGACUUUGAAUUCCAAUUUUCUGUCAAGAUCUUCUAUCUUACUGAUGUUAGAAAGUGUUGUUGAUCCAUCUAAUUUGUAUCAUUUAUAUUUUCUGUUUUAAAAUAAAAUAGUAGUCUUUCUUUUCUCA